AUGACCUCUAACACCUCUCUCUUCCCCGUGCUCCGGUACGUGUGUGAUGGGGUCGAGCAAGUAAAAGCGACCGGGUGGUUCGGUGGACACGUGGUGGCCAUUGGCGAACGCAAAAGCCAGGCGGAGGACGGGCAGCUCUACGCGAUUCCGGCGCUAUCAUUUUCGCACAUUUGUCAUGUUGCUGCCGUGGAGGCCAUUGCAGCGGAAUUUCGGGAUGUGGUCGAGCGAGGAAGAUUGAAAGGACGACACGGAGCACCUAGUGUGCUUUUGCUGUGCUGGUCAAUUCUGCUACACUGCCUGACCCCUGGGUGGAUAUUGCUGAAGAAGCUUGCCUUGUUGCAUAAAAGUGCUGAUCGCAGCCCUCCCGCUCUUCUUGAUAAAGGCAUGUCCCGCAUUUUUCUGGAGCUUCCCGCCACCCCAUUCCGGCAUAUCCAUACCCACUCUCCCGAAGCCGAUGGGAGCAUAGAGCAGCAGCAGCCCGACAUUCUGGCAUGGUCGCCCGCCCACCUCACGCUUCUCUGUCCCUACUCUGUUCCCGUUCCCCAGGGCCCUCUCUCUUUCUCGCUCGACCUCGAUCCUUAUCCCGCCAUUUCAUGCCUUAUGCCUUUUGAAGCCUCGCCUUUCAACCUUUCUACGGAGUACGCAUACAACCUCCCAUUUCUACGACACCACUUGCCAACCUCCAAAGCAAAUCACUUGGGUUUCCGCUGCCCGCUUGCAAAAGAGCCAGAGCUCAGCACGCCCAGCCAGAGACUCUCUCUCCCAGACCAGUUCCCUUUGGUUGCGUCGUCUCUGCGUCCGUUCUUCUUUAGCCAGCCUGCCAGCACCGCACCGUACCACUCACCCACCUCCAAAAAAAAAAACCCCAAAUCUUUCUCUCCCUCUCUCCUUCCCGCUUUCCUGGCAAGGCAAGGCGGCGCGGAAAAGGCUUGUUCGUUGCGCUCGACUUGUGCAAUAAAAAUUGGGCAUCUCGAACCAACCCGCUCUCCGAAUGUCAUCGACACCGGUCGAUUGAAGCAUUCGUCGUCCACUCUCACGAGAUUCCCACAUCUGUUUCCGCUCGCUUUCGCUAUCGCGCGAAACGUCGACACGUCUUUGCUCGCCCACGUCUUUGCCGACGCCAACUUUCUACCCCGUCACUCAGUCGGGCUCUCCUUUGGUCGCAGGGCACAUACCCACCCGCCAUCUCACCUCCCCUACAUCUCACUUCCACUUCUUUCGUUGUUUGUCGUCGCAUCCCGACCUCCUUAUCACAAUAUCGCCCACCCACCGUUGUCGUCACGCCGAUCAUCGAUGCCUUCUCGGUCCCUCUUCACCUCCCGCCCGCACCCGCACCACACGAUUGACACCACUUCCCGCGUCUUGCAAAUCACGACUCCAUCGCUGCCGCGUCGCGCCCAUCUCCGCAACUCCAGCCGCCCCAAUCCUUCUACGGAGGAUAGACACGUCGAUAUCCACGCUGUGGAUCAUCGACACGCCGGAGACAUGAUGACGAGUAUGGGACCGUCUUUUGCAGGCCAUCCUGCCGGCAUGCAACAGCAUCCAGGUGUACCCGGGCACCCCAUGGCCCAGGGUAUGCCUCACAACCCAGGGCAGCAAGGCCCGGGCGGAGGAAUGCCUCACCAGAUGCACAUGGCAGUAUCAGGGCCUGGUGGUCAGGUUAAUCCAAAUCAGUUGAUGGGCGGCAUGCCGCCGGGUGCUGGAGGUCCGAACGCUCACGCUCUGCAGCAUCUCAAUCCUGCCCAAAACCAAAUGUUCCAGCAAAAUCAGUUUGGUAACUUCCAAACUCCAGCGGCGAUGGCGCACGCCACCCAGAUGGCACAGCAGCGCUUGUUCCAGCAGCAGCAACAGGCGCGGCAAGCGCUCAUGGCCCAGCAGGCCUUCAACGCGAAUAUGGCGGGCGUCAAUGGUAUGCCGAUGGGAAUGCCAAUGAACCCGAUGAACGCAGCUCAGAUCGCGGCUAUGAGGCAGGGCAUGCGGCCGGCACAGGCGAUGCUCGCUCAGCAGAUCGCUCUCCAGCAGCAAGCCGUCGCUCAACAGAAUCAACAGAUGCAACAGGGCCAACAACAGCCCGGCCAGCCGGUACAGAUGAACCCUCAGCACAUGCAAAACCUCCAACAGGCCCAGAUGGCAAUGCAACAGCAGCAAGCCCAGCAGCAACAGGCCCAGCAGCAGGCUCAGCAACAGCAGGCUCAGCAACAAGCUCAGCAACAGGCCCAGCAGCAAGCGCAACAGCAGCAGCAACAGGGCCAGCAACCCCAAGGCGGACCGCAGCAGCCUCAACCGCAACCCCAGCAGACACCGCAUCAGACACCACAGCAGCAGCCCGCGCAACCCGUCAAUCCUCAAUCUGCAGGACAGCCCACGCCGUCUCAAACUCCGGGCCCGGCACCGAACCAGCAACCGCAGCCCCCUCAGCCUCAAGCUCAACCGCAGGGUCCUCCUCAAAUGGCUCCCCAACCUGGACCGCAACAAAUGAACCCCGCGCAGCAGGCUGCGGCCCAGGCUGCCGUUGCCAACAGCAUGGCUCUUUCUCAACAACAAAGGAGGGAAGGAAUGAAGGGACACUGCCUACUCAAGUUAAUGCAGUUUAGCGAACAUUUGAGCGGCUUCCCCGGCCCCAAGGGCAAAGACGACCUGUCCUACUGGAAUAGCUUCGUCAAUCAAUUCUUCUCCACCAAGGGCGUGUUCCGACACUCUGUACACAUCACCGACGUCGAAGACCAGGCAGACAAGCAAUACGAGAUUACCUACCCCGCACUUCCUCGAUACUUCCACACGCACUUCGACAGCGGUGUCAAGAACAUGCAGUUGAUCAUGGAAAAGGGGACGACGGAUCGACCACUCCCCGGCGACGGCCACUGGAUUGAGAACACGAAGUCCAGUUUGGUCUACUGGUACGAUAGCGGUUCGCACCUUGUCGCUACGGGCACCGUCAGAGCCCACUUUGAUGCGGAGCAAAAGAUUGAACUCUUUGAAUUCUUGACAACCAACCACGAAGAAUACAUUUCUAGAAAGGCCGCUAUCGAAGCUGCGAAGCCCGUGCAUAACUGGGUGAAGGAGUGGCACAAGGUCAACUCCCCUGACACCAAGACCUCCCCAGAAAUGAGCAAGAAGGGCAAGGCUCGUAUGAUGAAGUCCCCGCAAAAUCCUCCGCCAGAAGCACUGGUGGAUCUUCCGGAGUCGGCGGUCAAGAGGGGUAUGGGGGUUACCGAAGCUGUGUUCCAGUUCCUCGAGAUUGCUGAAGUGAUCGGCCAAAUGAACCCCCUUUUCGCCUUCUACCACAACCACCCUAACCUCGGCCCCUACGCUGCUCUUGAGCAGUACGUCGGCCAGAUCAACGCCCAGCCGCAAGUCAUGAACGGUCAGCCCAUGCCCCAAGCUCCCAGGACACCCAGCUUCGGUCAGUUCCCAAUGGGUGCGAGCCCGGCUCAGCCGCACAUGCAGCUUCCUGGCUCGCCUCAUGUCACUGGAAGCCCUGCGCAAGGCCACAUGCAGGCACCCGGCAUGCAGAUGCAACAGAGCCAGCAAGGCACCAGCUCCAGCGGACCUAGUGCAAACACGUCUCCAGCUUCCAACAAGCGAAGACGCCCAUCCGGCGUGAAGAUGGAGGAGGACGGCUCCCAGGCACCUACCCCGGGUGGUCCUCAGGUCAAUGGAGUCCAGAACAAGGGCAAGCCGCCUACGCCGCGGAUGGCAAAGAGAAUGAAGGGCAACCCGGCAGCUGUUCAUAUGCGGGUGUUUGGCAAGCAUUUUGGACGUUCGGUGUUGGCUGGAAGCUCAAUCCACCACAUAUCCUAUGUCGAUCUCGUUUGGCAUCUAGGCCUCCCUUCACUCUCGACCAAGCCCACCUGGAAGGGCAGGCAAGUUUCUGCACAACCUCGGGACGAGACUUCACCAACUGUCUGCAGCGCAAAUGGUGAUGCCUUGGGUCAAAGGAGACCCCUGAACCCCUCCAUACGGAGCAACGGUGCAACGGUAGCAAGUUGUUGCCCAGCAAUCGAGAUACGCAGAGGCUAA